AUGGAGGCGCUCCUGGCUGCACUCCCUGCGGGUGGCGGCGGAGCGGUGGCUGCCGCCGUUGGAGGGCUGGCCGCGGCGGCCGCGGUCGCCGGAGUCCGGAUGGGGAACAAGGAACGGGCCAACACGCCCCCAGCCGUUCCUAGUUUACCUAUAAUUGGAAACCUGCUUCAACUGACGGAAAAGAAGCCGCAUAAAACAUUUGCAAAAUGGUCUGAUAUUUAUGGGCCAAUAUACACAAUAAGGACUGGGGCUUCAUCUGUAGCUGUGGUCAACUCAACUGAAGUAGCCAAGGAGGCAAUGGUUGCGAAAUUCUCAUCCAUAUCUACUCGAAAGCUACCUAAAGCAUUAUCGGUGUUGAGUCGUGAUAAAACAAUGGUUGCUACAUGUGACUAUGGUGACUUCCACAAAAUGGUGAAGCGCUUUGUUAUGGCGGGUUUGUUGGGUUCUUCUGCUCAGAGACAAUUUCGGGAGACGAGAAACAUGAUGAUGGACAACAUGUUAACCACCUUUCAUACAUUGGUGGCUGAUGACCCACAUGCUCCUCAGAACUUUCGACAAGUUUUCAAGGAGGAGCUAUUCCGCUUAUCGUUGAUCCAGGGUUUAGGUGAGGAUGUGAGUUCAGUUUAUGUGAAGGAGUUUGGACGGGACAUAUCAAAGGAUGAAAUCUACCAGAUCAUUGUGGCUGACAUGAUGAUGUGCGUCACUGAGAUUGAUUGGAGGGAUUUCUUCCCGUACCUCAGCUGGAUUCCAAACAAGAGCUUUGAUACAGCAGUUGCUACCACAGAAUCGAGGCGAACCACGGUGAUGCGAGCGUUGAUCGAUCAGCAGAAGGAAAGAAUUGCGCGUGGCAAGGCAAAGACAUCCUAUCUGGACUUUUUGUUGGCAGAGAACACAUUGACAGAUGACCAAGUAACGAUGCUGGUGUGGGAGUCAAUCAUAGAGGGUGCAGAUACUACUUUGGUGACGACCGAGUGGGCUAUGUACGAGCUUGCCAAGAACCCCGAAAAACAGGAUCGUCUCUACCGGGAGAUCCAGGAGGUGUGCGGCGAGGACAUGGUGACGGAGGAUCAUCUUCCUCGGUUGCCGUACCUGAAUGCCGUGUUCCACGAGACGCUGCGGCGCCAUUCUCCUGUCUCGCUUCUGCCUCCAAGGUUCGUCCAUGAGACCACCACACUGGCCGGCUACGAUGUCCCAGCCGGAACAGAGGUGAUCGUCAAUGUGUACGCCUGCAACAUGGACAAGAAAGAGUGGGAGGAGCCCGAGGAGUGGAGGCCGGAGAGGUUCCUGAACGACGGCAGGUUCGACGUCGCGGACAUGUACAAGACCAUUGCAUUCGGCGCCGGGAGGAGGGUCUGUGCCGGGAGCGCGCAGGCGACGGGCAUUUCGUGUGCCGCCAUGGCGAGGUUCGUGCAGGAGUUCGUCUGGACGCUCAAGGAGGGCGACGAGGACAAGGUGGACACCGUCCAGCUCAUGGGCUACAAGCUCCACCCCCUCUACGUGUAUCUCUCGCCGAGGAGAGGGAGGCAGUGA